AACCAAGGGAAUCUUCCUGUCUUCCCUCUCCUAUAUAUACUCCUGCUUUUCUCCUCCAACCUUCGUCUCUUCUUUUCUUCUCCUUCUUGAAUGAAAUCCAUCUCUCUGCUUUUUAUCUCUCCAAAACUCUCUAUUUGAUUCUUCGAAUUCCAACUACUUCCUCAAUCCCAGCAGCUUUCAUCCUCUCGCCAGCGCUCCGAUCGCUGCAAAAACCGCCGAUCUCAAGCUCCGAUCUUCGAAAUCCAUGGGAUCUGCCAAAAGAUCUCCGCCGAAGAUCAUUCUCGGAAACGCUGGAUAUGUUCUUGAAGAUGUCCCGCACCUGACUGAUUAUAUUCCCGAUCUUCCUACUUAUCCAAAUCCUUUGCAAGAUAAUGCAGCAUAUUCAGUUGUUAAGCAGUAUUUUGUUCAUGUUGACGAUACUGUCCCUCAAAAGAUUGUUGUUCAUAAAAAUAGCCCGAGAGGGAUACACUUUCGACGUGCAGGUCCCCGUCAGAAGGUGUAUUUCGAGUCGGAUGAAGUCCAUGCAUGCAUUGUAACAUGUGGGGGCCUGUGCCCCGGGCUUAACACGGUGAUUAGGGAAAUAGUAUGCGGUUUGCACCACAUGUACGGAGUCAGCAAAAUCCUUGGAAUAGAGGGAGGAUUCAGGGGUUUCUAUUCUCGCAACACUAUUUCUUUAACACCCAAAUUUGUCAAUGAUAUCCACAAACGUGGAGGAACCAUCCUCGGAACAUCACGAGGAGGCCACGAUACUUCAAAGAUAGUUGAUAGCAUUCAGGACAGGGGGAUUAAUCAGGUCUACAUUAUUGGAGGAGAUGGAACCCAGAAGGGGGCAUCUGCAAUAUAUGAGGAAAUUGAAAGGCGUGGUCUUAAAGUUGUAGUUGCUGGAAUCCCUAAGACCAUUGAUAAUGACAUUGCGGUAAUUGACAAGUCCUUUGGUUUUGACACUGCUGUGGAAGAGGCUCAGCGGGCCAUUAAUGCAGCACAUGUUGAAGCUGAAAGUAUCGAGAAUGGUUUGGGUGUUGUGAAGCUUAUGGGCCGUUACAGUGGGUUCAUUGCAAUGUAUGCUACUCUUGCCAGUCGAGAUGUGGACUGUUGCUUGAUUCCAGAGUCACCCUUUUAUCUGGAAGGACCAGGUGGGCUUUUCGAGUACGUGGAAAAAAAACUCAAAGAGAAUGGACACAUGGUUCUUGUUGUAGCUGAAGGUGCGGGACAGGAGCUUGUUGCCGAAAGCAUCCGAUCAAUGGACCUAGAGGAUGCUUCAGGAAACAAGCUACUGCUUGAUGUUGGGCUAUGGAUAUCACAGAAGAUUAAGGAUUAUUUCUCAAAAAGGCAGAAGACAGUGAAUCUCAAAUAUAUAGAUCCAACAUAUAUGAUCCGGGCUAUUCCAAGCAAUGCAUCAGAUAAUGUAUGCUGCACGCUCCUUGCUCAGAGUGCUGUUCAUGGUGCAAUGGCUGGAUACACAGGCUUCACUGUGGGACUUGUUAAUGGCAGACAUACUUAUAUACCUUUCCAUAGAGUGAAUGAGAAACGGAACGAGGUAGUAAUAACCGAUAGGAUGUGGGCGAGGUUGCUGUCUUCAACCCACCAGCCAAGCUUCUUGAGCUCUAAAGACAUCUUGGAAGAGAAGCCGGAAGAACCAACCCAAUUGUUAGAUGGAGCGCAUUGCAUGUAUGAUGGUGAUGAUAAGGUGGUUGCUGACGAAAUUAGCAAAUGCAACUCCAAGUGAGUUGACACUUCUCAUUAGAAAAGCAAAUAAGAGACUGAGCCAUGUAAUCAUAUAGAGAUGCUGGUUUGACUGCUUGUAAUGUUUUUUCAUGUAUCUCCACAGGCUGUUGGAAUAUUAUGUUAGAAGUGCAUUCCAUUGUAUGUAUAAUGCGGGAAGUAGUUUAUUCAAUAAAAUACAAAAUAUGAGACA